AUGGUGGCGGAUAAAAUUCAGCUUAACACCCUCAAGGAAUGUCUCAUGUUCCUGCUGGCGUUGCAUAAAGAUAGUGGUAAGCAACACCGGGUGGCCAGUGAACUGUAUGGGCGUCUUAGUGGCAAGUAUAAUACUGUUAAUCAACAGCACAUUGAAUCCGCACUCACCAAUUUCCUUGGCAGCGUGUCCAAGUUUCAUACGAAAUUGUGCAAGAAUGCUAAUGCCGUUAAUAAUGGCAAACAAGAUCCUACCGCCGUACUAAAUGCUCUUUUAGAAUGCAUUCCCAAGUUCUUAGCCGUGACGUACUUUUUGAGGUACAAUGUGGACGAUAAGUUCAGUGCGCUGGGUGGAGGGAAGUGGGCAGGUCUGCAGGUUGGGAUGAGUACAAUUUUAGGCGGUCAGCUUACUACUUACCUUCUAGCGAAACCUGGCUCUACUCACUACGGUGUAAUCCCUGGAGGAUUCGGUAGACAUGAGUUGAGACGUGCCUAUCGUUAUGGUAGAGAUAUGGCCACUGACCUUACAGCGAUUUGUGAAAAAUAUGAUGGCCAAUAUUUUCGCGAUGUUUUUUCCACUUCAGUGUUGCGCGAAAAUUCCGGCACCCAGGGCUCAAACACAGCCAACGGCCUGGCGUUGGUGAGGACUUUUUGCUUAAUAGUUGGAGGAGAAAAAGAUGGCGGCGGUACCUUAAUAACAAAAUUAAAUGAGCAUUUCAAAGACAAGCAACAUCGCAUUUGUUGGAAUAAUUUAAAAGAACAUUGUGAGAAGCUUAAAUCUGAAUUUAGCAAAAUUUUCAACGACCACCGCUUUUCCUUUACUGGCUUCGGUGGGGAGCCUCAACACCUUGAGAAAGAAGAAUUUGCAAAGGAAACUGCAGAAUGGUUGAGAGGUAAUUUGGACAAAGUGAAGGAUAAAUUAACGAAAAUUAAAACAGAUAAAGCCAUGACAAAUACUGCAGACUAUUUCAACAAAUAUCUCUUCCCAUAUGGUUUCACAUUUGACAAAUAUAACUUCGAAGGACAGAAAAGGCCGUAUGAUGUUUUGUCCGGUGAUUGGGCUAAUGUAAUUAAUGAGCUUCGUCAGAAGAGUGAAGGAUUGGAUAGGCUUAAAACAAUUUUGGAAGGUGAAGUGUGUCCAGAAGAUGAGGACUCUGAGGAUGAAAAGAAAGCUGAGGGAGCGCAGAACCAGGGCAAUGGUCAAACUGGACGAAAUCUCCCACCUUCACCAGGUGGAAAUUCUGCUGUUCCAGUUUUGCCUUCCGGUAACGAUGGAGCUACAGGCCCGGCAGGGCCUCCUAGUCCGGUGCUCACGGUGUCUGCUACGGAUCAAGAUACAUCAGUUGUGAAGUCUGCUACAGCUCCGUCUCCCGGUGCUCCAGGAGGGUCAGGCCCGUCAGGGCCUCCGGAGUAUCCUCAAUCCCCGGGCUCAUCAAGUAAAGGAGCUGUUCAAGUUCGACAAACUGCUAUACUCCCGCCAGUGGUUCAACCUCCAAUCUCUCCCCCCAGUGUUCCUGCAAGCCCUUCCCCCCCUGGUCAUACAGGUUCCCCGGGUCAGGGUUCAUCGUCCGAUGGUUCUCCAAGUGCAAAGCCUGCUGCCCCUCCAGGCCCUACGCUCACUCAGCCUUCAGGUGUUUCAGUUCCAGGCGCUGGGCUAACUGCUGGCCAGGGGGCUGGGUCACAAGGUGGUGGAGGGGCCGGGCAAGAUGGUAGUCAAAAUGGUAGCCAAGAUGUUAAUCAACCAACAAGUCAAGACACCGAUCAUGGUUCAAGCAGCGGCCCUACUCCGUCGGCUGGCAGUUUGAUCGGCUAUCCCAUUAAACCGCCGAAAUGGUCGGGACCUCAAAUAAAAUCCGCGCCUGUCCAACCGCCGAUGUAUCUCACCGGGCAACCUGUUGCCCACACAGCGCUAUCAAAUGCCCUGCCACCGCCUCCUAUCAUAAAGCCUGCAGGGCAGCGUGAUGUCAGUCUGACUAAUACCCUUGGAACAGUGUCACUCGACGACCAACUCACAACACAACUCACAGACAUAAUCUGUGAGAUAAUCAAAAACGAAGCAGUUGAGCUUUCAGCGGCAGAAAUUGGAAAUGAUUUGAGAAUGCAGAUGUACUCAUCCGAACUCACAGGCGUGCCUGUCUCAACUUCUGUACAAUCUGCUCAAGAACACUCACAAAAAGUCCGAAAAGCCAGUGGAUUCUGGGAAGAUUCUUUUGCGCAACAAAAACAGCAAAACGACGAUGAAGAUAGGAGACUCAAACAUGACUUCCAGCUUAAGCAAAAAGAUGCCGAAGCACAAAGAGUCCAAAUGCUUCUUCAAGAGGUGACUGAGGAGGUUGAACAUCCCAAAGCAUUACCGAGGGACGGUAGGAAUCACGACGCCUUAAUGAACUUUGAUCUUGAUCUCAGAUCAUCGCCGCCACCGUUUAUUAUGGAGAAAGAUGAUAGUCCGAUCGUCAAUGCUCAGGACUUCGACCCGUCUAAAAUGCCUCCUGACCCGAAAUCAGAGAGACCACCAGGAGGCUUCUAUGUCGACAUAUUCAUUCCCCGCGUCACCGGGGAAAGCGAUUAUACCAGUGCGGAACUUCGUCAUUUUAAUGAUCUAGUGAAGUUAGAAAAGCCUGCGUUAAACAAUGAGUUGUGGAUACCGGCAGACAAAUAUCAAGUAAAGGCGUUCGACUUUACCGUUUCAGCCACCGAUGCUCUUGCGAAAGAAGGCUUUAUUCCCACUUGCCGCAACCCCUGGUACGUCCCCGAUUCCUCAUAUGUCACCGACCAACCAACCCCCUCCCCUCCCCAAGACUCGGACCUUUUGCCCCCUCCCAAGACCGUCAGGGAAAUGCUCCACUGGUUGGUCGGGUUGACUCAAUAUGGAUAUAUUGGGAUUAUUGAGGAUCAUGUUGAAGGCAUUUUGAGGGAAUAUAACAAUGAUGUCUCAGAUGCCCUCGAGGUCACCGGGGAUCCUUACAACCUGGGCGCUACCCGUGUCGCCAACACCCUGACACAGGCGUGCCUCUACUCUGCCACCGUUCUCCACAAUAUUAGGUAUAAUGACUCCAAGGAUGCUCCAACAACUCUAAACUUCAGCUCAGAAUAUUCCAAGUUUCGUUAUUCCUCCGACCCCGCCUGCCUCCUCUGCCAGCUGCGAGACUACGUCUACGUCUGUUACCACCAGUUGGCGUUUCUAAAGUCGCAGUGUUCUCGGGUUCAAUCUGAGGGUGGUUGGCAGGAUUGCCGUUACGGCCACAAGGUACACAACUCUCCCCUCCAGGCGUUCCUUACUGACACCUCCAAGUUCAAGACUCACCUCUUCGACCCGUGUGACAUCUGCCACAAGAGCCGGGUCAACAUGGGAUUCACAAAGGAUUAUCUGGCUGAGAAAUCUCAAGAUGGCGCAUAUGUUUCCACCAUACUCACUCCCACCUGCGGCGGCGGAUUGAGGCUGCGGACGCGUCUUACGACGCCCCUCUUGCACCUCCAAAAUAGGCCACUGAUCACCUUUAACAGAACCUUGAAUAAGUCAGACGUUGAAGCCGCGCAGGAUUUAGUCCAGAAGAUUUUGGAUGAGGUGAAUGGGAAUCCACCGGCUAACAAAAAUGAGCUUGAUAAGGCGAUUGAAACUGUUGAGAACAAGUUGCAAGAGAGAGUUUCAGAAUUGGCAAAAUGGAAGGAAGCGGCAAAUGGUGUCCUAGAAGGGACGAUUCAAAAUUCUGAAACGGUGAACACGAAGUUGGAUCCCACUCAACAAAAAGAUCCUCCUGAAGGGACGGUGAUUGGCCAAGGACUUCAGAAAAUUGAGGAGGCUAAAACGGCAGUUGAGGGCGUGAAUAGUGGGCUUCAAACCGUUCACAGCAAUUUGACAACUUGGAAUUCCGCGGCAAGAGGUGUGCUUGACAAAGUGGUUCAGAAGGCGCAGAACGUGCAUGGGAGGUUGCAGCCUACGGGUUCAGAGAAAAUUGGUAAGAGCAUUGGUGAAAUUGACACCGCUAGAAAAGGAUUGGUAGAGGCUAAUAGCAAACUUGACACACAAGUAAAGAGUUUAGAUAAGUGGAUCACCGAGGCGGAGAGAAUCCGUGCCGCGGCGGAGAAAAAGGCCAAGGAAGCCUACGACAAGUUGAAGGUUAAUGAGACUCUGAGUCAAAACGUUCAGAAAAUCGUGGCAGCUAAUAAGACAAUUAAUGAAGUUUAUGGGAAGCUUGAUGGACAUGUUGGUGAUUUAGGUAAGUGGAAGGAUCAGGCCAGCACAGUGCUUGAAGGGGCGAUUAAGCAGGCGACGGAAGUUCAUGAUAAUCUUUUAGAUAAGAACACAACGCUAGGCAAUAACAUUGAUGGAAUAACGUCAGCUAAAGACUUAAUUAUUGGUGCCAAUACAAAACUUGCCGGACAUGUCUCCAGUCUGGAGAGUUGGAAUAAGGCCGCCAAGGAAGUCAUUACCAAGGCGGAGGGGAAGUGUGAUGAGAUACUUAAGAGGGUUAAGACAGAGCAGACUGCUAAAGGUCCGAUUUUUACGCAAGCUCAAAUAUUAAAAGGCAAGGGAACAGAGCUUUUCAAAGCUGCGACUGCGGCUAAAAAGGCUGUUGAGUCUGAAGUCCUUAAGGCUUUGAAGGCUGUUGUGCAAAUGGACAAAUCUCUUAAGAUGGAUUUGUUUAAUGUGAAAGGGAAGAUUAAGGGAGGGAUAGAGAGUGUGAUUCAGACGUUGGAAGUUGAGAAACUGGAUGAGAAAGUGAUAAAGGAUUUGGGGAUUUUGAGGGGGAAGAUUGAGGGGCUUUCUACAAACGUGGAGACUAGUAAAGCAGGUAGUGGGCUUGUUGGUACGCAGUUGCAGACACUUGCAUCCAAGAAGACUGAGUUGGAUAAUGGUGCUGUAAAAAGCAUUCAGAAUGCGGAAAAUGGGCUUGGACAGAAGUUUACUGACCAUAUUCAAAGUGCGCUUAACGAGAAGGUCCGAGCAGUUUACACGGCGAUUGGGAAGCUUGGCGGGAAGUUUAAUUUGGACGCUGUUAAAAAGCAAAAAUUUGAAGAGAUUUUUAACAAGAUUAAAGAGGAAGUCAAUAAAAUCCUGAACGGUGAUCAGCCAAAUAGAGGCCUGCAAGGCAUCGCAAACGGGUUAAUUAACAGCUAUGCCAAUGGGUUCAAGAAUACAUUCCAUACUAUAGUAGGCGGAUGGGCGGAAGGUAUUUUGGGAAAUAAUGAGAGCGGUGAUAAGAAGAAAAACAUUAAACAGUGGCUUGAGCAGUAUGUUACUGAGAGGAACGGGAAUGGGGGCCAAGCGGUGACGCUGCUGAAAGGUGGUCAACGUGGCUUUCUAUGGAGUCAAGAAAUAAUCAAGCAGAUUAAGAAUGAGCUCCAGCAUCAAAUUGAUGCAGGUAAGGGGAAGGUUGAAAUAGCUAACGCCAGCAUCCAAAAGACCAUUGACUCUGUGAAACAAGGCUGUGAGACAUUUGCCGAGAAGCUUGAUCAGAAACUCAGGGAUUCAGGAAUCGGUAAUCUUGCCAACCAGAUUUUCCAGGGUAUUGCAAAGGGGGUUAGAGAAGGCACCAAUUAUAAAGCCGUUAUAGAACCCGCCAUAGAAGCUGCGCUGCUUGGUCUCUCCGCUACUGCAAGCCAGGUGGCCAACGAAAUUAAGUCCAUUCUGCUCGGCACAUACAGGGUGAACGGCAAAAGCAUCGCAAGCGAAUUAGAUAGCGUCAUCGGAUAUACCAAGAAGCUUGACGGUCAGCUUGACCAGGCGACUCAAAAUGUCUCCACACCUCCCACCCCCGAAGCUGGCACAGCCCAAGCCGUGGACAAGAAGUUGGAGGUGGUGAGGACCAUGGUUAACUCCACCAUUACAGACGACUUUAAGGAGAAAGUCAAAAAGGAUCUCGAGACUGCAGUUAGAGGGCUUCCCACCGCCGUUGACGCUUUCAACACUGAAGCUCAAUCACAGAUCAAGGAAGCGGCCAAGACGGCGAUUGACAAGGCGGCUGGGCAGAUUAGCGCUACUAGUGAUAUUGACGUCAAAAGUGUGAUGGAGCAAUUUAGCCGUGUCUACAGUCCGAUCAGAGAUAACCUUCAAGACAACCUUCACAGUAAAGUAGACGAUGAGUUGCCAAAUGGCGAUGGUUCAAAUUCAGCUACUCAUGUCAAACUUGAUGCUAAAAAAUUUGGCGGUUAUGAUAGUCACGUUAAGCAAGACUCACAAGGGCUUACGACCGGUAAUCUACAAGGCAAGAAUGGCGACGGCCAACUUCCACAGGCGAUCGGGAAGAUUAGAGAUGAGGGUCUUUCGGAGCUUACUGAUAUCAUCGAUGACAGUGCCAGUCCUGAUCGGAAAAUUGACAAUACAACCUUCACCGAGCCGUUCAACACAAUUCAGAAAGAGCUCGAAGAGAUCAAGAAAUUUGUUUAUGGCAAUGGUUCAUUCAUCGAAGACGGAAAGGAUAAAGGCGUAAAAAAGCAUUUGGCUAAUCUGAAAACAAUGCUUAACAAAGGAUCAUUUGUUAACGGAGGUAAAGGCCUCGACUCAAUCAAGACGGCGAUUGACGGUCUGCAAAAAGGGACGUACUCUCCGCAACCCGCUGCAAUCGAGGAAGCCGUCCAAGAAAUUAGGAAGGAGCUUGGAGAGCUUAGACAGAAGUUGAAGAAUAAUAGUAAAGACGAUGUAAUUGAACGGUUGACAGAUUUAAAUAAAGCAGGUCUUGGUAAGAGUGCUUGGAAUGGUAAAAAACUCAGUGGUCUUGGGAAAAUUGAGAGUGAGCUUAAAAAGCAGAAUGAAAUAUUGGGGAAACAACCUGGCAUAAUCGAUAAAGCCGUUUCCGAAAUUAAGUAUCAACUUGCCGUGGUCGGAGUCAAAUUGCGAAAUGUUGGGAACAAUGAUGACAUCCUUAAUCCGUUACAGCGAUUUAAGCGAAGGAUUGGCAAAAAUGCCCCGGAGCCAGGAAAUCUUCAGAAGAUUUGUAAUGAAAUUCAAAAGCUGCAAGAAGGGCCGUUUAGAACACAACCAGAAGAAAUAAGGAAGGCAAAAGAGGAAAUUGUCAAAGAACUCACUGCCCUCCAAGGUGAGUUGCAAGGCACCCAAGGUGAAGAUGUCAUUACCACUUUGCAAGAUUUGCAGAACACUGGGCUAAGUGGAAACAAGUGGGAUAAAAAUGCAAAAGAAAAUGGUAAAAGCCUUAAAAACAUCCAAGAUGCACUUCAAGGUCAACAAACUGCGCUGUCCAACCAACCCGGCGAAAUCGGCGGUGGCGUCCAGUCAAUCACCGGUGAGCUUGAAAGGCUUCAGAAGCAGUUGAACACUGAGGUCACCGAAAGGCUGCAGAAGCUGAGAGACCAUGGCCUCAAUGACGGUGACACAGCAUGGACAUCUGAAAAUAAACCUCUCACAGGUGUCCAAAAAAUCACCGCAGACAUCGAGGCCAUAAAGGAAAAGGACGUUGAGGACGUGAAGGAGAAACUCAAGGAGCUGUGCCGUGCCAUCAGUAAUGCCACCGUAAACUGCGGUGCGAGUCGGCAUGUUCUGAAUAAUGAGAGGAUCGACGAUAGGAUCAUGAAAAGGUGCAUUGACAGCCUACAACUUAAGAUUGAAAACACGUGA